AUGGGAAACAAAAUUACGUUCGCAUCGCCAUCUACCAAGAGAACGUUGGCGGAAGUUUUCCGAUGUUUCAUUUGUAUGGAAAAGCUGAGGGACGCACAUCUAUGUCCCCACUGCAGUAAGUUGUGCUGUUAUACCUGCAUCAGAAGAUGGCUCACCGAACAACGAUCUCAAUGUCCUCACUGCCGUGCUUCUCUACAUUUGCACGAAUUGGUGAAUUGUCGCUGGGUUGAAGAAGUUACUCAACAGCUUGACACGUUGCAAGCUGUUUGCAUAUCCAACUUUCGACACGAUGACUCCAACAGAGACAGAUGCACAUUGCAUCAGGAAAAAUUAUCUGUGUAUUGCUGGACUUGCUGCAAAUGUAUCUGUCACCAAUGUGCUCUGUGGGGUGGCACCCAUUCAGGACAUACUUUUAAACCUCUGGAAGAGGUUUAUGAGCAACAUGUUACACAGAUCAAAGCUGAAGUAGGUCAGUUAAACAGACGACUCAUGGAACUGAUCAGUCUUGUUCAAGAAGUGGAAAGAAAUGUCGAGUCAGUAAGAGCUGCCAAGGACGAAAGAGUCAGAGAGAUCAGGAAUGCAAUAGAGUUGAUGAUAGCUCGUUUGGAUUCUCAGUUGAAGGCAAAGCUGCUGACCUUGAUGGGUCAGAAGAACUCACUGACUUUGGAGACUGAACAAUUGGAGGCUUUAUUACAAGAGGUGGAAUAUCAAUUACAUACAUGCACACGUUCUGAGUUGAUUAUCAAGAGCGCUGAGCUUUCUCGUAAAAUAAAUCAAGUUCGCAAGAAACCAAUGACGAGUUUUGUCACCGCACCUGUACCUGCUGACUUUCACAGUGAGAUUGUGCCGGGUUAUGACAGCGCGACGUUUGCUAUGCAAAACUUCACACAACUCCAGCUCAAAGCUGAUCCUGUGUAUUCCGCGCCGUUGCACGUGAACGGACUGUGCUGGCGUUUAAAGGUAUAUCCGGAUGGCAAUGGAGUGGUGCGCGGAAAUUAUCUGUCAGUAUUCUUAGAACUUAGUGCCGGACUGCCAGAAACUUCGAAAUACGAAUAUAGAGUUGAAAUGAUUCAUCAAGGCUCUCGCGAUACGAGUAAAAACAUUAUCCGUGAAUUCGCGUCCGACUUUGAGAUCGGUGAAUGUUGGGGAUAUAAUAGAUUCUUUCGAUUAGAUUUGCUUGCGACGGAAGGUUAUUUGAAUACGGAACUGGAUACUCUUAUAUUAAGAUUUCAAGUACGACCACCGACGUUUUAUCAGCGCUGUAGAGACCAACAGUGGUACAUCAGCCAACUGAGAACAGUUCAAAAUCAAUAUGCUGCUCAAAUUAACGAAUUAAAGGAGAGGCUAGCAAUAGAAAUUUCUCGCAAUGCUGUGGCGGCUACCAGAGCCACUAACGUGAUUACAAAUGCCACAUCUUCAUCUACGCAACAACAGCAACAAGAGGCAGGUGAUUCAAAGAUCAAUUUGAAUACCACACGAACGAUCGACGCGUAUUCUACCGUGAAUGGAACACCAUCGAGGUCGAUGCCAAAUACACUUGCCAACAGUAGCGGCAUGAUGUCGGGCGAUCAACUGAUGCCGAUGUGCGAGUUGGGCGAGCUCUCGAGUAUGCACGCUCUCGGCUCGACGUCGGCGAUGUCGAAAAUGUCACUGAAGUCGCAUCGCGCCAGCAACAAUCUCAACGUCGUCGAGAUCGAUAAUACUCCGCCGUUGCGUCGCGCCAACGACAUAUCGCUCGGAGAAUGUUCAGCCGCAGGGCUUCAUCUCGCUUCAUCGUCACCGUAUUCGCCCAAUGUUCAGCCGGCAUUGAACUUGAUGACCAACAACAGCGCCAGCGAUCCUCUGUUGUCCACAUCGGCGUUAUCGUCGAUAACAGGUAACACGCAUCGGGUCAACGUCACGGAGAGCGAAGUCGCGCAACGUUGCAACGACACGUCACCCGGAGAAUGCCAGGUCACCACGGGCGACGGUGUUCACUCUCCGUCGCCAUUCUACCUGUCUCCGACGUUGAAUCUUUCAUCCAGCAGUAGCAGCAGCAGCGAGAGUGGCGAAUUGAGUGAACACGACAUUUAUAUGGACGAGUGCGAACAUAACGAGCCGACCAUUACCACGCUCUUGGAGAUGACGAAUGACGAAAAUGACGUAGAUGACGAAACUAUGUCAGGAGAAAACGACGUCGAAGUCGCGGAAUCUCUCGUAUCUUUGCUUCAAGAUAAACGGCGCACAAAACAACAAAGCAACACAGAGAUCGCUACUGACUUACGCAGACUCAGAGACUUGCUGCAGCUGUUCGAGAUGCAAGAAAGAAACGCGUGGACCUCUUCGUGUCAGCAAAUGGACGAAAUUUGCGACUCCAGAUUCACCAACAUGCUGUCACGAAUCGAGGAACUCGCUCACAAGACAACUGUCGCUUUAAGUCACCAUUUCAGUCCGUCACAUCGCAACGUCGCUGUGCAGUCUAACGCGACCGCGGCGUAUCCGCACAAACACUCCGAUCUCGACGCCACGACUUGCACUGAUCUGAAUCAAAAUGACAGACAACAUUCCGGCUGCAACUUUCCUCAGUCGCAAGCAAUUAACGGCGCCAAGACCAAACUGAACCGACUGCCGAACAUUUGUCUGUCAGAAUUGGCGGCCACGUUACCAUCCAGCAGCCACACAACCAGAUCCGAACCAGCGACACGUUCCAACUCGAUAGAAUGCGAGAAGGAUGUUCCAAAAUUAACAGUAGUUAACAAAGUCAAUCGCGACACGGACUCAUCUAGAUCGCGAUUAGAUCUAAUAGUGCCAAAUGUACUUCUAGACAGUAACAAAAUCAUGUCGAAGCAUUUACUGGCGCGGCAUCAGUCGUCACCCAGCUCGUCCAAUAGCAUGAAUUUAACAACCGACAGCAAGAUAUUCGAAUUCGAUCAGUUACUCGAAGCCAUCAACUUGUCAUCGGGAUCGCAGAAAGACGCGUCUGCUUGCGGAGUAAAAUCGAAAAAACAUACUUUGCCCGAUGGCAAGAGCAACGUCUGCAUUGGAACCUCCACCGCACUUUCGUUGACGCAGGAAGGCACGUCGUCAUCCACAAACACAGCAGACGGUAUUCCCAGUCCCAACAAUUACAGUUGGUCACCGGCGUUAUACCAACGCACACACGGACAAAAAGCUAUUUUAGAUGUAGCAGUGCAAGGUUCAUCAAAUGAUGUCUCUAGUAAAACGAUUGACAAAUCUGCGGAAGAAGCUGCCAAUUCGCCGUAAUAAUUUGUAACUUAAUAGUAACAUAGGAUAGUCUUUUCUCUUCUGUGAUUUCUAUUUCAGUAAAUGUUAAUCUUGAGAUUGAGAUAAAAGGAAAUUAUUUUGCCAAAUAAGAAUAAUUUUAAGAUAUCAUUUGUGUGCAUUGUAUGUCUGAUUUUCUUUGCUUUUGGAAGAGAGGUUAAUAGAAAAUAUCACAUCUUACAUAUAUGUAUUGCAAAAAGUAUUAUAUUUAAUUUAAGUAAUUUUUUUUCAGUUCUUUACAUACAAAAUUAUUUCCACGAUUCAUUCCAAAAAAAAGUGUGAAGUAAGUUAUUUAUUUAAUGUUAUUUAUUUUUUACCUGCAAUCAUGAGAAAACGUACACGUAUGAGAAAUUGUAUUUCUAGAAAAUAAAUAGAAGGUAUGAAAUAAUAAAAUGCAGUCAAGUUUAUAUGUAACUUAUGCUAAAACUUUAUUUUACAUAUUCAUUUUAUGCUAAAAUUUUAUUUUACAUAUUCAAUAUUAAUUUAGUAUCAUUUCUAAAUUUAUGAGGUAGAUAUUCCAUUUAUUUGAGCAGUGUGUUGUAUGAGUACAGAUAUAAUCAAUUCGAUCAAAGAAACCAACCCUGGAAAUUCCUUGAAGGACAGAGUUGUGCUGGAGAUAUUCAAUGCAGCAGUCUUGUGUGAAAACCGAUUUUAAAUCAACUUAUAUAUAUAUAUAU